CAUACAUACAUUAUUAUUGACUCUCAUGCGAUCGCGUACAGGCUCACAGUGAUGUCGUCGAACGCUUGGAGCCCAGAACUCAAACUCUGGGUCCAAGAGUCACUGGCCAAAGCGACGCCGUCGAACAAGGCAGCCGUCAAUACUGAAUUAAAACAGAUCCUGUUCAAAGCUCAUCAAGAUGGCAGUAUAACCACCACCGACUGGUCUAAAGUCGAAUUACAGUCUCUCAAAGCACAAGCUCUCCGUACCACUCACGUCCCCGUUCCUAUCCCACCACGUCACACAGCUCCAGUCAUCAUCCCGCCGCCCAGUAUCGUAAGCAACUAUCCGGCACUUAAUCUUUCAGCGAGACUCCCGCCACCUCUAGCGCUGAGCGAAAAUGGAUCAUCGGCCUCAGGGAGUCAACCAAAGAAGAAGAAGCGGAAAAAGAACAGUGACGCGCACGAGUUCUCGUUUCCUUCUCCCUAUCAGUUCCCUAGCGCUGCCGAUGCACAGGCCCUAGCUAAGCGUGCAGCUCGAUUCCAGCAAGCCCCGGCAUCCUCUUCUUCCGGACCCCACGCGACCGGUGGUCUGAAUCACUGGUUCGGCGAUGAGGAGGAGGAUGGUGCAGAGACAAUCUCGUUUGGAUCACAUCAAGUACAGGUAGGCAGGAAGAAGAUGAAAGGCAAGGGAGGGCUAGGCUAUGCGGCCACGGAAGUGAUGGAAGUGGAUCCCAACGUCAUGGAUUGGGAUCGCUACACCAUCAAGGGGACAAAUACGAGAUUGGAAAAGUCAUAUCUUAGACUGACAUCGGAGCCCUCUCCUGCUGAUAUACGCCCGCUACAUGUAUUGAAGCAAACCCUGCAGCUGUUGAAACGCAAAUGGAAGGAGAAUCACAAUUACGCUUAUGCCGUUGAUCAAUUCAAGAGUAUGCGGCAGGAUUUGACGGUCCAACGCAUCAAGAAUGAUUUUACGGUCGAGGUUUACGAAAUCCAUGCGAGAAUUGCAUUGGAAGCAAACGAUCUUGGAGAGUACAAUCAGUGUCAAACUAUGCUCCGGCAGCUCUACGAACUUGGACUUCCCGGUCACCCGCAAGAGUUCUUGUCAUAUCGCAUUAUCUACCUCUUGCACACUCGGAAUCGGAGCGACAUGGCAUCGCUUUUGGCCCAGCUGACACCAGAGGAGAAGAGUGAUCCAGGCGUUCACCACGCCCUCCAGGUUCACGCGGCUUUGACCACGUCCAACUAUAUCCGCUUCUUUCAGCUGUUCAACCGAGCGCCGAAUAUGAGUGGGUACAUCAUGGAUCACUUUGUGGAGAGGGAGAGAAUGACGGCCUUGGGGAUCAUGUCCAAGGCCUAUCUGACACUCCCGUUACCUCAUCUCACGGCAAGAUUGUCUUUUGAAUCUGAUCAAGAGACGGACAAGUUUCUGGUCGAUCACGGCGUUGGUAUAUACGCCAACGUCUCGCAACCUGUCAGUCAGCCUGUCAACCCUUGGCGACCGAUCAAACCUCCACCACCGACUCCCUUGGAGGAUCGCCAGUGGGAUUGCAAAAAGGUUCAGUCGGCUUGCAUUGCUGCCAUGUCCCGAUAUCGAGUGGUGGAUCUCAAAGGUCAAGUGGAUUGAUGGAUGCACAGCGUGGUGUCUGGCACAGGUAAGACUAACAUUGUUUUACAUACGGAGGAAGACACGGAUCGAGCAUCCUCAUUCGUGACCAUGUUCUGUUGUACCCACGUGGCUGUUAUGCAUCAGGUCAUCCGG